AGGCUAGGAUGUUGAAUUGUACAUCAUCAUGCCGUAGAAUUGCUAUUCCUGCUGGAGCUCAUGGGGCUUCCCCCCCACCACACUAGCUAGAGAGUACCUGGCAAGAUUUCAGCACCUGUUCAUAGCUCUCUCUCUCUCUUUACCAUAGUGCUCUGAGGUGAGCAUAGAAGGGGGCGGGGGUAGCGUGCUCACUGUAAAAGCGGAUCGAUUCCCAGCGGGCAAGCAUAUGUAGAUCAGCCCCUUAGCUGCACGGUAUCUUUCCUUAUUUACUUCUGUAAAUGGACUGGUUCUCUCCUGCAUGUCUUUGCGGAGGAGGAGGGGUUGCUAAGAAACCAGCAGCUGGAUGACAACAGGAUGGAACUAGAAAGUGAUCUUGAAGCCCAGUGUCCCUCCUGUGAACCCUCUGUUCCACUCCUGACAUGGCUCAGGAAGAGGGAGCCCUGUAUUGCAUCUGGUCAUUUGAGCAGGGAGGGAGAGCGCCUAGAAAUUUCUAACUACCCCAGCUAACCAGCUUGGGCCCUGGAUGUUUCCUGGGUAUCAUUGCUAUCGCUUGCAUAAAUGCAGAUCUGAUUAUCACUUACAAUAUGAUCAGUCUUUGUUUUAAAGCUAGGAUAUAAAAUUUCUCUUUCUCCUCCCACAACCCUGCAGGCCACCAGGGUAGAGACUAUGCCAAGCCUGCUGCCAAGGAGUGUUUUCUUGUGUGUUGUUUACUGUUCAGAUGUUCUAUAUGGCACCUAAACACCUCUGCCUGUGGAGGUGGGGUUCUCGACACUGGCCACCCACAAUCUGCUAAACAGUCUUCUGAGUGUCUGCUGCGUAACGUUGCUGACUGCAAUCUUGUCAGUUAUCGCAAGCUAAAUAGGGUUGGGCUUGGUCUGUAUGUGGGUGGGAGAUCGGCAGGGUACACCUUGGUUGUUCAGGUGGUGGCAUUGCUUAUUCAGCAAACUGCUGUCUUCCCUUGGACUGAAUCAUAAACACACCCACUCCUCCUAUGGCUGGGGACGCUGCCCUUCUAGAGGUGCAAACUUACGGAUGAUACAGUCAGUUUCUUGGCUUUAAUGAAUGUGGCCAAUUUAAAUCUUAUUGCACCUUUUUGAAGAAUAGGAGGUCUGAGCACCAGCGUCCUGGCUAAAUUCCCACUUGCCUACAGAGAUCUGCCCCAGUGUUCAUCAUGAAUGGUUUCAGAGGUUCUCUGGGCCCUGUUUAGAGAUGGUUGUGGUACCAGGAAGGGGCAGGAUCAUGGAGGUGUCGUCAUACAGCCUGGCAGCUACCUACUAGUGCACAGCAAAGCUAUGGAACCAUAUAGGAGAGGAAAUGACGAAAAAUCCUGUAUUGAACUGAAACUGCAGAGGGGAAUUUAAAGGGGCCAGGAUGUAUGGGCCAGAAACUGGAAUUCAGACAGGAUCUGUUAGCUGACUGUAAGGCUGUCCUCAGUGACUCGAGAGCAUGACUGCCACCGUCAGGGCAAACUGUUAGAACCAGGGCAUAAACCCCAAACUGGUGGUGAGUCCUACACUUGGAGUUCACAAACCACUUAUCAAGUGUAAAUCCUCAUGGACUAGAACAGCCUGGAGUCACAGACAGUCCCCUAGGGUACUCUGAUCUCGCCACCCAGGUAAGCACACUUUUGUGAUAGAUAUAGACCCUUCCACCAAGGGUCACAGCACUAUUCAGGUUAGUCCCCGUCUUAAAGGACCUGUCAGUUACCCUAGGUCAGUCGCACCUUUGAUCUCUCACCAAAGACAAUGCUUAUAGCCAAUCUUACAAUAAACUAUAUACAGCAUGAUGAAUGGGAAGAGGAAAUUAGAGAAUUAUUUACAAGGUUAAAGCAGGUAAACGUAAAGAGACAAAUGAGUUCCAAUCUUAAGUUUCAAAAGGUCAUAGAAGCUUCUAUGAUCUGCAAGCUCUGUGUGUCCAUUAGGGCUAACCCAGGCUAAGCAACUGAGGAUCUCUUGCUUAUGCCUAGAAAAGCCUUGCCCCAUGGAAUCCAAGCAGCAUAGCAAUAAUCAGUUCCCUUUUUUAAGAGGUUUUAUACCCGGAGCUGCAAAGCUCAGCUGAUGGUGGGAGGGGAGAAUCCACUUGCCUGACUCACCUUCAGGGGAGGAGGGCAGAGCAACCCACCCUUUUGUCCUCUUGUUGAUGGUAUGUAAGGAAAUGCCCGUUCCAAAAGCUACAGAUGCUCUAAGUGAGAUUAAAGCAGGCAGCAAUUCAUGUGCAUUCAGUAAAGUCUAAACACAUUCUUAGAAGGCUAAUACCUAUUUGAAUGAUGGUAACAUGCAGGUGAGCCAGACGGAUUCCAGCAACGUCCUUGUCAACGUUCAGUUGAGACAUGGGGAUUUCGGCAUAUCCUGGCACCUGGCCUGCCAGUGUCCCGUUCACAUCCUGUCUCAUGAAAAACGCCAUGUGAUCUUUAAUGACUACACAUGUGAUCGGGACCGUCUCCAAAAGACGUGACUUCCACCAGCACGGUGCCACCUGGCACAUUGGUUUGGUCCAGACUCAGAGGAGAGGCCACUAACUCCAUGAGACCUUCCACCGAAGUAUUGACAACUACGCUUAUCCCCGUUUAGCUGAGAGUUGACAAACUCCUAAAAGCUUCCCAACUGGCCAAAUUCUGCUCUUCAAAACCAGUCAGCUGGAUUGGAUGCCUUUAGCAUGAACAAGGUGCAAUCUUGCUAGUGUUAUUUCUUAUAUACGACAUAAGAAAUGCUUUGCGCGGAGGCUAUCCAUGCCCUUCAUCAAAUACAAACCAAGCUUCACAAGAUGUAGAGGUAGGGGUGUGUUUGCUGCUUCUUCUAUAAAUGGGGGCCAAGAAGGCACAGAGAGACUGAGUGAAUUAACACAACGAGCCUUAAAUAGAACUGGGACAAAAAAACCCAGACCUCCUAGUUCCAGUCUCUCAACUACUGACUUGGAUUCCCUCCUCUACAAUAACCACGGGUGAUAGAUCAGUUUGACCCAGUACUUGAAAAUACAGGUCAAAGCACUGACUUGUCACCAUUGUACAUGACAUGGUUCCUACCUCAGUGUCAAAGCACCUAAGAAGCACUUUGCUGCAUGCUAUGCUUUGUAAAACUCACCAAGCCGGGUGUGGGGGGAGAGGAGUGUUUGUGUGUCAAGCGAGAACAUCUCAUAAUGUGACUUCUUGCUUAAUUUAUAGCAAAACUUUUUCUAUAGUGGCAGUCCGUUCCUACGUUGCAAACAGUUUCUUAGAAGUGUAUACGUAAUGACUGUAAAAAUAAGAUCAGAAGUGAAACUGAACCCACGAGAAGCCGUGCUUGCAUGGUUGGGUUUUACUUGCGGUUGUCUGUUUUUACUAAGCAUUCGGGUAAUGAAAAAUGAGUGUAUUGCUUUGCUGACCUCAUGUACCUCGAGCACUGGUCUGUGCUUAACUGACCAUUUUGCAGGGUGCUGAGACAGUCAGUUGGGUGAAGGCCUGUUAGCUAUUUUAUUAAGUAUCGCUGCCAUCGGGGUGAAAAGGUACAACAGUAAAGGAGCCCAGUGUUUUGAAAGCUGUGUACGGCAUCACCCACUGCUGAGAUGCAGCUGCCUCUGGGGCGGACGGUCUAAUGAUGCACGGCCACACCAUGUAGCAGUUUUAAAAUGAGAUGCGAAGGAGAGAGUUAGGCAGAAUGUAGUUAUGCACGUGACUGGAAUUCGAUCAUGAUGCCUGGGCUAACUCCCUUACCCUUGUGCAAAAUAUGAUGGGUGUCUAAUGGCCAUGGCUGCUUAGCAAUUUUGGUUUGACAUCCCCUGCUGGAAGAGAUACCAUCAGCAGUACAUCACUCUACUGCCAUGCUGGGCAGUUGGCUGAGGACUGGCUCAAAAGGGAGAGCACCCCCUGAUUUGUUAGCCUUCCUGCAAUGCCCACCUUUAUUGGCUUCUGGGGAAGAGGUGGGUUGGAGGGACUGAACACGGGGGAGCUGGGGUAGAGUUUUCUGUGCUCUGGCAGAUGGCUGUGGAGAGGAGAGGCGUGGAGGAAGGAUUCUGGUGGCAAGGAAGCGAGUGUCGGAAAAAGGAUUUGGAGGAGUGGGAGGAUGUUGUAGGUGAAGGAGCCGCUGGUUUGGAAGCUGUAAGCUGUGAUUGCCAAAUGCCAGUCAGAGUGAAUCGCUUGCUAAGAAUAAUGCAUUAGCCUGGUCAAAGAAUAACAAGAGCAAUUGCUUUGGAGAGGGUGUUUUGAUGUGGAGGGAAAGGGCUUACACACUGCAGUCCUCCCUAGCCUCAGCCCAUCACACGGGGUCCCCUUUCCUCUUCGAAACCACGACAUUCAAAUAGAUAAAUGGUAUUGUGAUGACACCUGCUGGCACAAGAUGCAGCUGGUUAGGAAAUAAGACCCAGCAGAACACACCAUGAGCAUUAAGUAGGAUGGUUGCUGCAGAUAGGUCAGAGUUGUACUAACCUGAGGGUCAGAGUUCAGCUCUAGGCGCUGGGUUCGAGGGAGGAUCGUGGCCCAUUCUUGGAAGCAGUGCUGCUGCGUAGCUCAACUCCAGCAGAGCUGAGAAGGCUUCAAGAGCCUCACCGUAUGCGUUGUGUGGUCUCGGUGCUUCCUGUCUUUGCCACCUUGCUGUUACCUGCGCUUCGUUAAUAAACCAUCACUGCCUUAGCAGCCAAUGGCCUUAGCAUCUCCUGAGCUCUAGACCCCCGGGAUUUUACCAAGUGUUGCUUGUAGCAAUGCGGGCUUAGGGGAGCAUUCCCCUCCCAACAGGAAUAUUCUUCCUCCAAGAUUGUUUUGUUCUGUUGAACUGUUCACAUUCUGCCCCAACAUGCAGGGAUUCGGACUGGAACUUCGGUGAUUAGCACACAGGGCAUCAUUCAACUCUGACUUACAACAAGGUAGAUCAGAAGUAACUCCACUGAAAUAUGGCUGUACCAAGGGAGUAGCUGAUCCCAUUCCUACAGCUCCAGUUUGGUGACAAUGCUUCUGUCACCUUGAGAAGUAGGAAUGGGGCCAGAAACUUGCCUCUUUGGCUAAACAGAUGGGGAAAGACAGUGGCUAAGUCCCAAAUUGUCCUCCAGGCUACAGGAUUCUGGAAGGUAAAAUGGAGAAAAGAAACCAAAAUCUGGGGGUGAAGCCACUGCAGGAGUUGAGCUGAGAAAUGACUCAGGGAGUCGUUCAUGGUUUAGUAGUGAAAAUGGUAUGAAAGUUUCCUAUUCUAACACAUUUAAAUGAAUGAAACCAACAUGAUUUAACAGUGGAACGGCUCAGGAUACGUUAGGCUUGAACCAGUGGCUGCGAUUUCCUUACUCUGGUCCUUGCCAUAAUAGGGGAAGAGUUUAUCUCCAGUGGACAGACAUUUUGACUCCUACCACCUGUAAACAAGGCCUUGAUCUUCAUAUUCACAGUCAGAAAACUCUAGGGCGCCCAACUCUUGACGUCAGUAGACAGCCCUGAGAGACGAUGAACGGCCUGCUGAAUGAAAAAUAGCUCAUCGGUGCUGACAAUGAAGCCGAAUACAAGAGAUUAAGUGCAAUGACGUGAUAUCUUGCGUCCCUUCGGGCUAACCUCGGGAAUUUUGGAGCUUUCCCCAUAGCAUUUCUUGAUAAAUGUUUUUUGUUUUGAGUAGGUUUCUGUUGCAUUGUGCAGACCCUCAAGUGGUCACAAGAAACGCUACCCUGACUCCCAAUCGGAUGCAUGAGGCUAGAGCCCUGUUGAUUUCGCUGGAGCUCUGCGCAGGCACAAGGGACAGGAUCAGGGCCUGACUUUCCAUUACCACCAACUGAAGGCUGCACAUGCUAUAGAUUUCGUCUUUCAGUCUCUUUCCAUCCCAUUUCUCCGUAAGUUUUUAUACCAUCUCUCACUCACAUUGUGUUGGCUUUGGGACUCAACCGUGACAGUCGCAUGACAAUGGGAAAGUCAACAAUACCAUUGAUCUGUCCUGACAGCUGAGUCGCAUCAGAUUUAAAAACCAAAACCUCUGUCACCUCAACAGGUAAAAAAGACCCAAUGACCCUGCUCAGUCAGGCAGAGAUGUGAUUGCUUGCAUAAUAUGCAAACAAAGUAACUUCAAAGGGAAUGCCAGAUGCUAUGGAGUUGCACCCCUGUAAAUUCAUAGAUGGAUUAGAUAGUACAGCCAGCUGCUAGCAACUAGCCUGUCUGUUCUUCAGGGUUCCUGGUGAUGCUGUUACACAGGAAAGAGGGGAGAAAGUUCUGUCUUCGAUCAGAGCACUGAAUGGUUGUAUCAUUUCCUGGGAUCCAUUCACCCCCCUCGGUAGAGAGGGAUGGAAUCCUGUCGACUGUCCUGUCAUCCGUGUUCACGCUGACGGAGGGCAGGCACUGGUACUGCCUCCUCCCAGAGGUUCCAGGCCUGGAAAGAGCCCCGAUUCAGCUCAUUGUAUGGGUGCUCUGGCUACAUGCCCUCCGUGCCCGGCACCCACCCAGUUUCUGGGCUUCUCCAGCUGGCUCUGAGCCCCAGGGUGUGGCUGGCAGGGCCGGAUUAAGGUUAUGAGGGGCCUAAGGCUAAUGGGAGGGAAGUCAUCAAACAUUUCUCUCCAGAUACUUCUGAGUAAGAGGUAGCAUGGGGGAUGCUACGCUGUCCUCCUGGGGUUCCUUCCUCCUAUGUAGUGGAGUGCUCGUCUGUAUGAGGACGAACACUGCAAUGUGCUCCAUCCUGCUCACCUCUUUCAGCCUUGUGCUUCUACCCGCAGCUCGCCACAUGGCAGAGGGCAAAGCCAAGCCCUGCAGGUGUUUCCUCCGAGCUAUGGACUCUACACCACAGACCCUGUCUCACUCUGGGAGGCAGCCAGCUUUUAUUAUGUAAAAGAAAACCACUCAGGUGUAAAAUCCACUGAAGUAGAGGAAGUAGUAGUGGGGAAAUUACAUUGGAUGGCGUUGUAUUUUAGGCUGUCUUGCUCUGAAAGCAGCCUCCCCAUGUUGCACUGGCUGAGGACAAUGAAUUACUGUUUUCACGGUGAACCCAAAUAGUAUUUGUGGGAUGAUACCCAGUUUGUGUCGUUAAACUGCAGUGAUUCACCACAUCAGGCCAUUCUGUCACCAAGCUCUGCCACAAUGAGAAUCAUAGAAUAGAAUCGUAGGACUGGAAGGGACCUCGAGAGGUCAUUUGGUCCGGUCCCCUACACUCGUGGCAGGGCUAAGUAUCAUCUAUUCUAGAUGUGCGAUCAGCAGCUCUGACAUGCGGUUUUUUAAGCACGAGUUCUGUAUGCACCAGCCCCCUGCAGUUUGCAUUUGUUUGUUUUAAGCUUUCUGUACGAAAAAGGUAACAGAGAGAAGUGACACAGAUCUUUAGAUGGCUGCCCAGUCAUAAUAUUUAGCACUUCUGUACUAUGUUAGUUCUUCAGAAUCACUGUACAAACAUUAGACAAACUUAAUCUAAAGCCUUUCAGCUUUUGAAUGACUAGGAGUUGACAAAACAGAGCUAUUCCCUGUUGUGUUCUCUGCCCCCCUGAACAAAAAGACUUCACUAAAAAUCAGCAUCUUAAAAGAACCAUUAAGGAUCUUUCAAAAGAACAGUCCAGCCAAGGCUGCUGUGGUGACCCCCUUGUUACAUCAGGUCUGGUGUUUGUUUAAGGCUGGUGUAGAAUGAAGGGAGAGCUUCCUCUUUCGUUUGCAUGUGUAAAUCAAGCAGACCUUGCUUAUUUUUUUUUCCCUUAAAGUGCUCAGAGUUUAGGGGAGGAAAGUGAAUGAGAUUCUACUUUUACCAGGUGUGAAAAAGCAGAAGGGACUAAAAUCUAUUCUUGUGCAAAAAUCUGUUCUCCCUCAAGUCAAUAAGGCUACACAGGUAACUGUGAGCAGGAGUUGGCCUGUGUUCUCCUUCCCUUCUCAAAUCACAUCCCAUGCUUACCCAACGUUUUCCACUUGGGGAAGAAGCUAGUUUGAGUUGGGGCAGAAAAAUGAGGACUAACUUCAGGUUUCUUUAGCUUUAAGAUUUUGGAAUGAAACUCCAAAGACAUCAAAUGUGAGGUACUUUUAUGAUGGAUUGAACUGCUAGAGAACCAGCCUUUAGCCUAUUCAGCCAGUCUUUCUAUCAUAGCCUGCUAAGAAGUGGAUUUAAAAUCCUUGAGGGAGAGGGGAGGGAGAAACCUACAACAUUGUGUGUUGAGCUUCCUCCAGUGCUUUUGCAACCUCUUAAAAGUACAAAGAUGUGUUGGCCUGUGGAGCUAGUCUGAGCAUAAGGAAAGAACUUGGUGACCUGUGCAUCCCAGUACAGAAAAAUACAUCAAAGAAAAAGGUUGGAUGUCUUUUGAUUUUUAGUACAGUUCUAUACGGUAUUGCAUACAGUGCAUCGUAACUCUGAAGCCCCUCGAUGGAAGGUUCUGUAAAAGUUUAAAGGACUGGUAUCCAGAAUGAGAUGGUUUGGUUUGUUUUUCCUACAAAUGUGUGGGAAUUCGUUCCUUAUACAUGGGAGGGGCAGUAGUUCUGACUGGAGCUGGAUAGCGUGUGUGCAGGUUCUGUGCAAGCUUCCACAGUCUACCGCUCUGGAACUGCCUCUUCCCUCCACCACCCCCUUGCCCUGCCCCCACCCCGGCACUCACCAGUUGUCCAGAAACGGGACCCAGCACACACAGAAGAACACGGUGACGGGCAGUAGGACCCCGGCCGCAGCGUCCUGGAGCUGCCUGCCAGCCUCAACCCAAGAGAGGGACAGAGGGAGCCUCUUCCCUCCCUGACAGCCAAGCAGUGCUCCGGAGAAAUUGGGGAUGGGGGGAGUUGCGGGGAGCAAUGCCUGCUCAAACGACACCCACGGCUGGCACGAGUUCCCAUGGUAACCAGAUUUUUAGUGUCCGGUCACCAGUGUGAACCGGAUCCCUGGCAGUGUGUUCUCGCAGACGCAGCAGGCUGCUGGCUGGCUGAGCUGCUUCCUAGCCACAGGGGGCUGCUUUGCCUUCCCUGCUGGCAGGAGCGCUCCUGCAGAGCUGCAGGAACAAACUCUCUCUCCCUCACCUGGACCUGGCCGUGGCCCCAGCCGCACCCCUUGCCUGACCAGUAGGACCUAAAAAUAGGAGGGUCUAAGGCUGUAGCCUUAUUAGCCUGUGGGUUAAUCCGGCCCUGGUGGCUGGAACCCCUGUGCGGGCAGAACGAUUGCUACCAGGUCUUGCAAGCUCGGCUUCUGCUAGCGGAAAGCGGGGGCUGAAUAUGCGAAGUGCUGAGCGUGGCAUAGUUAGGUAAAGGGAUUAGCUACACAGAACCGAGCCCUGGCCCGUGGGGUUUGACGCUGGAAAGCAGCUGAAGAUACAGUUUGUCGUAGCCCCGAUGCUGUAUCUUGUGCAAAUUGUGCACGCCAGUCAGACUCGACUCCCCUAAGAACUGGGGUAAGGCAGUGCAGGAUCAGGCCCCAGAAUAUUGUCUUCCACAGCAAUUCUAGGCCGGCAGGGCGGUUACAUCAGGAGCCCAGCUCAGUCAGAUUGUUUCUCCUAAGCAGAUCAGGGUUGAAAUCCCUUGUCUCCGAGGCUGAGCGAUGUGCGUCUGGAGUGCCCAGAAUAGCUUGCCCAAUCCCCUGCUGCCUGCUUGUGUUUAAGAUGAACCUGCCCAUGUCGAUGGCAUCAGGCCACCAAAAUGAGGGGAGGGAGGGGCCACGUGGGUGGAAUCAUUAGUGCUGAUGACCCAGCGAUGCUGAGGGCUUUGUCUGCAGUUUGCCACGCUAAAUGGAAGCCAGGUUGGAUAUGUCUGCAUGUGCUGCGGGCACACCGCCGCUUGCAGUGUGGGCAUAUGGAGAUGGGGGGGGGGGGGUGUUCUGUGAUGCCAGAGAGGGCGAGGCGUAACUGACCCAAAGAGAUCCUAGGCCUGGUUUGCCUCUCGCGCGGGUUUCGUACUGGUGGAACGCCAUUGAUUGCCAUGGUUUAUACGGUGUGAGUCAAUGGGGAGGCAGACCGGACUCUCUGUCGCACCGCAGUGACUCCGGGAAAUGAUGAGCCCGAUGCAGGAGCUCAGACAUGUUCAGAAUGGGCCCUCUGGCCUUAAAAUCUAUGCAGCCAGCCUGUGGUGCUUUCCCUUCCCUGCUGCUGCUGCUCCAGCACAUAUCCAGGGAUCCCUCGUAGGCUUGUACGGCUAGCCGUGGAGCUAGCAAGAUGAAGGCUAGUCUGGUACUACGCAUGCUGCAGUCACACCUCGGAUCGCAGCGGAGAUAAACCCACGGGGACUUAUCCCCUGUGAAUGGCCCUGCUUCUAUAGCUGAUCAUGUAUCCGGCUUUAGCUCCCUUCUCUUUCCAUCCCAGCCUGGCGUGGGCCACACUGUGCCCUGCUCCAGCUUUCGUUCAGCACAGAGGUGCCAUUGAAAUGAUCUGUGUGCUGUGUACGCGCACACUCUGCGUGUGUGUCUCUCUCUCUGUGCACGACACACAUGCAUUUUACACUCACUCAUCCAGAGGCACAGCGGUAUAGCGUGGGAUCCAUCAAGCUCUCUUGGCCCCUGUUUGAAUGAAUUGCUGUAACAGCUGCUGCGUUCUAUAGAACCUCCCCGGAGGCCUGGCGGCCUGGCCAUGAGCCCCUGAAAUCCUAUUACCGAGUUUCAAGAGAAAUAAAAAGUUAAUCCUCUCUGUGGCUCUCCGCCUCUCCGCGGCCACCGAAGCACUACACAGAGCUGCCUGCGGUGAAGGCUGGGCCGCUGUAGUGCCGGUGGGUAACAGAGAAAAUGAAUUUGACCGGCUAAUCGACUUCAUCGAAAUAAGCAAAUGUUGUGAGGCUGGGGCAGAUUAAUGGGCAAGCCAGAGCGGGGAUUCCCCAGCCAGACAGGGUCAACUCUGUAGCUGGUCAUGUCUUGCAUUUAAAAUCCCGCCCCUGUCUGUGUGCGGUGUUUUCAAGUCUGUGUCGGAGAGGAAGAACAUCAGGGUGAGGAGAAGGGAGCGCUCCAGCCUCGCACCUGCCAAUAAGGUGACUCUGUGCUCCAGGUCUGGGGCCAGCCUCGCUUCCCUGUGAGUCAAAGCCCUGCCAGCAGCUUGCCAUGCCCCUCCAGUCGGAGAUCCUGCAUGAGGUGUGGACCUCAGACAGGUGAGUGUUCGGUUCCUUCUGCCCCUGGCUACUCACACACAUUUGACAUGGUCCUGGUUGGAGAGAGAAGGUGCGGGGGGUUAGUGUUUGUCUGCAGAUCAGGCUCCAGGGUCACAGCGGAAUACUGCAGCCUGGGUUUCUAGCCUUGGCGCUUCUGUAUCCCUGAGCAGUCAGGGAGCAUUGCCUCGGUCAAACAGACGUCUCCCUAGUGUAGACCCUACCCCUGAUCUGGACGAACCUUGCUCUCCAGGAAACCAGUCUCUCCAUGUUCAUUCAGGGCCUCAUCCAAAGCUUAUGGAAGACGAGAGAGGCUUUCCCAUGCACCCCAAUGGGAGCCUACCAUUUUAGGGUUCCCCCACAAUCUAUCAGUGUACCUCAUUCUUGCUCUGGUGAGAUGCCAUCCCACUUUCUCCUGUGGGGAGGGAUACUCUACAGUCAUCAGUCAGAAGACCUAAAGUGUCCAGAGAGGGAAAUUUCCAUUUCCUGGGAAAUUUCAAUAUUUUGGGGGGAGGGGCUAUUCAUCUGGAAUCGGAAGAACGAGAUGAAAUUGGCCAGAGAACGAAAAUUCUAAAAUACGUCAAUUCAGGGCCAUCAAAAGGUUUAUUUUCAAUCAUGUCAAAACAGGAUGCUGUAUGAUAUAUAUAUAAUCAUAUUAUUAUUCAUAUUCAAAUUUAGUCUAAACGGAAUGAACCGAAACGAUAAACACAUUUUGUAUCAACUUUAUCGACUUUGGGUCCAUCAAAAUUUUCAUUGAAAUCUCCGAGGAAAGGUUUUGGUUUCGACUAAACUUGCCCUGUUCUUACGGGAAACCCUCCUGCCUGUAAGCAGGCAGAAUCUGUUGAACAAAGAGUGAAGAACGGGAGCUGCUCAUGGAGGGGGUUGGGGGCGGGGGCCUGCUCCGGGGGUCUCCUGUUUCGGAGGGGUUUGUUGGGGCUGGCUGCGUGCAAACACUGUGCUGAGGGAUCUUUGUCAUCAAGCUCGCCUACCAGAGAGGCUGGCUGUACCUGGGAGCAUGGAGCUAGUACCCGAGCCCCUACGCACCCCCAGGGUACACCCUCCGAGUCACUGGCACGCUCUGGACAUGUGAGUCCAAUUACUGAACCAGUUCUUUGUUGCUGCCCUAGCCAACAUAUUCCUUGGACUCCUAUAUGUCCCCCAGGAAACUGGGCUCUGAUGGGCUCCAGACAUCUGAGUUAGACGAGAGGCCUGCAGAAUUUUCUUGGGCCAGCUGGUGCUUCUUAGUCCAUUCCAAAACGAGCAGCAAUCUGUGAGACUGCAAACAGAUGCUUCCUCCAAAACCCAGGAGGGAGUGAAGCCAGUAAUCUGCCAUUCACCAUCUCCAUCAGCCACAAUGGGCCAGAAAGGACCAAAGGUUGGCUAUCGCCUGCCAUGUCAGAGACCCGAACAUCCGUUCCUGGGCCAGCGAUGACAGAGAAGUUUCUCAGGGAUCAGCACCACUCCCUUUGGCAUUCCUAGGCUCCGAAAGGGGUUCUGUCCAUCCUUGGCUGGAAGGAUGGUCACAAUUCAAAAAGGAUGUUGACAGAUUCAGGACCAAAAAAAAAAAAAAAAACCCCUACAAGAACGACUGAGGUCUGGAAAACCUGCCUUUGCAGCGAGACUAAAGAAACUCAAUCCAUUUAGCUUAAUAAAGGGGUAGCUUCAGAGGAGACCUGAUCACUGUCUGUAAGUACCUAAUGGGAGAGAAGCUUUCUGAAUCUUGCAGACAACGAUCCAAUGGCUGGAAGUUGAAGCUAGACAAAUUCAGAUUAGAUACAAGGUGAAAUUUGUAGCUAGGUAUUGAUUAUUUUACCAGUGAAGGUAAUUAACCCCUGGAAUAUCUUACUCGGGGAUGGGGCGGGGUGUUUAAAUCCAGGCUGGGUGUCUCUUUCUAAAUGAUCUGCUCUGGCUCAGCCAGAACUUGGUGACAUUCUCUGGCCUGGGUUAGGCAGGAGGGCAGACUGGUUGAUCCCUGCUGGUCUGAAAAUGCAUGAAAACAUGCCACCAGGGGUUCCUCUGCCUGAUCACUGGGCCACAAGCCUACCAAAGGAUCCCUUCUCCCAACAGCCACUGUUGUGUGUGUGCAUGCAUGUGUGUGUAUUUAACAAUAAACAUUACUAGCUACAUUGACAGGCUGCAGUGCCAUCUGCUGGAAUGAGAGGGUCACCUCUCCAGAGGACGGUGGCGUCUGCCAUCACCCACCCCACUCCACAUCUCCAGCUCUGAGCAGCAUUAGGACUUUCUGGGAUAAACUAGAAGCAGCAUCUCUCUCCCUCUUCCCCCCCCCCCCCCCCGAGCUUUAACAGCUGGUGCAGCUGUUCCGCAUGUCCUUGAACUGCCUUGUUGCGCAGCUGGGUUUGCUAGGGGUCCAUUUGCUGGUUCUUCUAUUGUAAAUGUUCCCAAAUUCUCUGUUACCGUGACAAACAGCCACAGGUCCUGGGAGCAGCCAGAAGACCAGGCAAGGAUCGGAAUGGGAACUGAGACCCGUGGGAAAUAAAGGAGAUAGGAAACAGCAUGUGGCAACUUAGGGCACACAGGGUGCCUCUGUGGAUUGUCCAUCUCUCGCUCAGAGAUCCUCUGUUAGUGACCUGUAAUACGCCAGUCUGCAGAAUGCUCUCUGGGUACAGAGGUGUAUUCCCUCUAGCCCACAGAGAAGAAAGAGGUGGGCAGGGAGUGUCCGGGGGAGUGGGAGCGGGCAGUGGAUUCCCUCUCUCUCAGCUGGGAUUGAUGUAAACCUAAGGGUCAAAGUUUGUUUCCCUCACCACGAUUUUCUAACAGGACUGGUGACUUUGGCUGCUUCCACUGUUGGGAGCCCAGCUUGAGGCAUGCUGUAUCAGACAGCACGGAGCAUCCAUCCACUGACAAUCAAGCCCCUUUAAGCAGUGCUUAAUUUGUAAUGAAAGCGGUGCCGGGGCUCAAGCAAUUUUUUUACAUCUAUAACUGAUGCCACAAGCCCAGAGGUGCCGGGGCUAUGAACUGCCAAGCCCAGAGGUGCUGGGGCUAUGAACUGCCAAGCCCUGGCACAAAUUAAGUACGGCCUUUAAGGCCACUUCAGGUGGGCCCUCGAAAAUGGAGCCACGCAAAGUCACUGUGGCUUUUGGAGACACAGGCCUUCAUCUCAUUGCACUGUUUCCCCUCCACAGUGUGACUGAGGAACCUGGGAGCCCCCAGAAGCAGAAACUUAACAAGCAGCGCCUCCUGCCAGGGCAGAAGCAGAAAAAGAAGCACCAGGAGCCCACGCUGGAAGCCAAGCCCAAGAAAUCGAAAGUGAAAAAGUUGGACGAUCCGAGCCCCGCAGAGGAGCCCAGUGCCCCCUCUCAGACUGUCAGGAAACUGAGGAAGAAGAAGGAGGAGAAACUGGAGGAAGAGAGCGAGAAGCAGCCCUACCCCAAAUCCACCAAAGAGCCCAGGAAGAAGAAGGAAAGUCCCACGUCGCAUUUCAGUGUGGCCAAAGCCUCAAAAAAGAAGCAAGAGGACUCUGAGGAGGAGGAGGCGGAGAACGAUGACCCGCCGAAGAAGCCAAAAAAGAAGCUCCCCAAAGAAAUCCCAGCUGGAGAAAGCAGGGAGAGAAAACCCAAGCUGAAAGUAGGAGACAAAAGUGAUUGCGAUGCCAAGCCCAGAGCUGCCAAGCCCAUGAAGAAGGAGCCGACGUCCAUGUUCCAAGUGAGCGGGGACAAGAAGGAGAGAAAAGGCAAAAAGAAAGCCCCAGCUCUCACGAACAGUGAGGCAGAAGACGACUCCGAUUCCAGCACCAAGCCAAUCAAACCCAACACGAAAAAGGACACAGCUUCCAUGUUCCAGGCGGGAGGCGACAGCCACAAAGAGAAGAAGACCAAAAAGAAAGCUCUCCCCAAAGCCGCCAGGGAGGGGAGCGAGGGAGAGGCCUCGGAAAGCCCUCAGAAGAACUCCAAUAAGAAAGGGAAAGGGAAGAAGUCCAAGAAGAAGGAGGAGAGACCACCGUCCCCUGUCAUCGAAGUGGACAACCUGGAGGACUUUGUGCUGCGGCCGGCCCCUCAGGGGGUGACCAUCAAGUGUCGGGUCACUCGAGACAAGAAGGGGAUGGACCGGGGCCUCUACCCUACAUAUUACCUGCACCUGGACAAUGAGAAAAAGGUGUUCCUGCUGGCUGGUCGGAAGCGGAAAAAGAGCAAGACCUCAAACUACCUGAUUUCCAUUGAUCCCACUGAUUUGUCCCGAGGCGGAGAGAACUUCAUUGGGAAGUUGAGAUCCAACUUAAUGGGGACUAAGUUUACCGUGUUUGAUAAUGGUGUGAACCCCGACAGAGCGAACGCCGACUGGUCAAACGUGCGACAGGAGCUGUCAGCCGUCGUGUAUGAGACAAACGUUUUAGGGUUCAAAGGACCCCGGAAGAUGACCGUGAUCGUCCCUGGAAUGAAUUCGGACAAUGAGCGGGUGCCAAUCCGGCCCCGAAACGAUAACGACGGGCUGCUUACGAGAUGGCAGAACAAGAACAUGGACAACCUGAUCGAGCUGCACAACAAGGCCCCGGUAUGGAAUGACGAGACCCAGUCUUACGUCCUGAACUUCCAUGGCAGAGUCACCCAUGCCUCCGUCAAGAACUUCCAGAUCGUGCACAGCAACGAUCCUGACUACAUUGUGAUGCAGUUCGGCCGCGUGGCGGACGACGCUUUCACCAUGGACUACAACUAUCCCAUGUGCGCCGUGCAGGCUUUCGCCAUUGCCCUGUCCAGCUUUGAUGGGAAGCUGGCCUGUGAAUAACACACCUGGGAGCCCUACGUCCCUGAGCUGUCCUGAGCCUAGGCCAGUCGGAGGGGCUGAGCUAGACAGGGGUUUGCCUACAAUAUGGGGAUCUGUGCUGACAAUCGAGAACCCGUGAAUCACUCUGCAGAUGUGAAUAACAGCUGGACUGGUAUUACUAACGUUACCUGUGCACACCUGGACAGUGGUGCUGAAGGGGACCAAGUGGAGUCGUUAAAUGCAAAUAUGUAUCUACCGAUUAGGGUGUAGCAGGUCAGAUAUCACACAGUCACCGUUCUGUCUUCCUCAGCUUCCACCCUGAUGGAAGAGAUGACCCCAAGCACUGCAGGGAUGCUCUUUUAAGCUAUAGUGGGUUGGAUCAUUACUGUAGAAUACCAGAAUAUCAUGUACUCUUGUCUCCAUCGAGUCUCUGGGUGGUUCAGAACUGGCCACUGGUCCCAGACCACAAAGCAGAAUUGCUCCCUCUAUAUACUUAGCAUAUGAGCCCAAUGGUUACUCUGACUUCAUCCUUUCAGGAAGUUCCUCGGAGUCCUGGAAGUACUUUUUUAGAGGUUUUUAGAUUCUGUUUUAUAUAUUGUAGCAUUAGAUUUAAAUAACAAAGGAGUGUGGGAGGCAGUUAAUUUGUUUUCUUUGUAUGAUAACGAUCAAUAAAUGAAGAACUGUGGUAACAAGUCUCUGUUCAUU